AUGUCGCAAAUCAAUGGAAACACGAGCACUGAGGUGCAGUUGCCAGAGCCGUUUGCCAGUAUUCCUAGAACGCCUUUUCUGUUUGGCCCUUCUCCAAUACAAGCAUUGCCACGGAUUUCAGAAGCUUUAGGCGGUGAAGUCAAUGUCUACGCCAAAAGGGAGGAUUGCAAUUCUGGCCUGGCGUUCGGCGGUAACAAGACCCGCAAACUGGAGUAUUUCGCACCGGAGGCUCUCGCCCAAGGCUGUGAUACUCUAGCCAGUAUCGGAGGCGUUCAGUCAAACCACACACGGCAGGUCGCGGCUGUAGCUGCGAAGUUGGGUCUGAAAGCAGCUCUGGUGCAGGAGAGAUGGGUCGAAUGGAAUGAUCCUGUCUACGAUAAGGUCGGCAACCUCCAAUUGUCACGAUUGAUGGGAGCGGAUGCACGACUCGAUCCUUCAACAUUUGGGAUCGAGCACAAGACGUCCCUUGCGAGUCUCACCGAGGAGAUCAUCGCUAAGGGCGGGAAACCAUAUUAUAUUCCCGCUGGUGCUUCCGACCAUCCCUUAGGCGGACUCGGCUUCGCCAGAUGGGCAUUUGAGGUUGAACAGCAGGAGAGAGAACUUGGUAUCUUCUUCGACACCAUCAUCGUUUGCGCGGUCACCGGUUCCACCAUGGCUGGUAUGGUUGCUGGCUUCAAGCUGGCUCAGAAACACGGCUCCAAACCUCGGAAGGUGAUCGGCAUCGACGCUUCGGCCAAGGUGCAAGCCACGUUUGACCAAAUUCUCCGCAUUGCAAAGGCAACGGGUGUCAAAAUUGGGCUGGACGAGGGCGACAUCACGGAGAAGGAUAUCAUUUUGGACGAACGUUAUCAUGCUGGAUGUUACGGUAUCCCAGACAAACAGACCAUCGACGCAAUCAAGUUUGGUGCGUCCACCGAGGCUUUCGUUACAGACCCUGUGUACGAAGGAAAGAGCCUGGCAGGAAUGAUGGACAUGAUCCGAAAGAAGGAGAUACCGGUGGGUAGUAACGUGCUAUAUGCUCACCUUGGUGGACAAUUGGCGCUCAACGCAUAUUCGUCGAUGGAAGGAUAG